UCUCUUCUUCCUGUACAGACUUAGCUUUGGAAUCAAACCCUUCUGACCAUCCAAGGGCAAGCACAAUUUUCCUGAGCAAAUCUCAAACAGAUGGUAUCUCCAGGGCAGCUUACUAAAAAGUAUAGCUCAUGCUCAACAAUAUUUCUAGAUGACAGCACAGUCAGCCAGCCUAAUCUUAGAACCACAAUAAAAUGUGUGACCUUAGCAAUAUAUUACCACAUAAAGAACAGAGAUGCAAAUCGAUCCUUGGAUAUUUUUGAUGAGAGAUCACAUCCACUCACACGAGAAAAGAUUCCAGAGGAGUACUUCGAGCAUGAUCCUGAACACAAAUUUAUUUACAGAUUUGUUCGUACUCUUUUUAGUGCCGCACAGCUAACAGCUGAAUGUGCAAUAGUAACUUUGGUUUACUUAGAAAGGCUUUUAACUUAUGCUGAGAUCGACAUUUGUCCCACUAACUGGAAAAGAAUUGUUUUGGGAGCCAUUCUUCUUGCCUCCAAGGUUUGGGACGAUCAGGCUGUAUGGAAUGUGGACUACUGCCAGAUCCUCAAGGACAUUACAGUUGAGGACAUGAAUGAGAUGGAAAGGCAUUUUUUGGAGCUACUUCAGUUUAAUAUUAAUGUUCCUACCAGUGUUUAUGCCAAAUACUACUUUGACCUUCGCUCCUUAGCAGAUGAAAACAACCUGAAUUUUCUGUUUGCUCCUCUGAGCACAGAAAGAGCACGGAACCUGGAGGCCAUUUCCAGAUUGUGUGAAGACAAAUACAAAGACUUGUGUAGAGCUGCUAUGAGAAGGUCUUUCAGCGCUGAUAAUUUUGUUGGUAUUCAGCGCUCUAAUGCCGUCCUCUCUUAAGGGAGGAACUAGAGUUUGUAACAUCAUGAACCCCUCAUCUACAAGGACUGGAGAAAUAUCAUCUCUCCUGCGCAAAAACCAGCAAAGUUAGUAUCUUCACCUAAAAGAAAGACAUCAAAUUCAAGACUUGUGGACGGCAAGGAUUACGCUCAUAGGAAAGAAUGGGACCGUGUCAGUGCAACACACUCUUCUGUCCUUUUUAAUGUAAACAGUUACAAAAACCACUCCAAAGCAAAAGCUACCAGCCCACACACAGACAUGUGCUUACUGUGUAGGCUGAUGGCU